UCUAACAUACCACUUUUAUCUUGCGUACUUUUAGGCUACAGUAUCAAGAUGCUAGCUCUGUACCUGAGUUGUCUUUUAAUUACAUCACUGACAAAUGCUUUGCCAUGGAAAGAAGCAAAAUUCGACAGAAGAAACGAGAUUAGAAAUCUUCUUCAUGAUGUCUCAAGACUGAAAGAGCGGGAAGGAUACAAUGCAGAGGGGGAGUCAGAAAAGCAGACGUCUUUAUCAGAUCUGGAAAGUGAAGAUCUACGUAGAUUGAAAGAAGUAUUACAUAGAGCGAAGUCUGACCUUGAAGAGAAAAAUAUCAAAGAAUUUAACCUUACGCUCCAACAAAGUCCAAAACAUAAACGUAGACUUUUAAGAGAAAGAAAAGAUCACCAAAAGCUACAACAUAAUCAACGUCGAAAACCACCAAAGAAGGAUAAAAAUAAAGGACGUAAAAGUGAAAAAUAUUACUUAGAAAACCCAAAGGAAAUAUCAGCUGAAAACCCUUUCGAGAAAGAUGUUGAAGCCAUGCAAAUCGAGAAGAACGGAAAGUAUCGUCAGGCUGAAGGUGCUAAACCGAGACUGAAAGAGAAACUCAAGGGAGAUAACAACGAUGAACACUUGCUAGUCGAAAAGCCUAGUGGAACAAAGAGGAAUUUUGUCUUAAACCAAUGGUAUAUAUGGCCAAAAGGAAUUAUACCUUAUGAAAUAGCACCAAAUACGUACACUGUAGACGAAGAAAAUGCAAUUUAUGAGGGCAUAAAACAGUUUGACGACCUUACUUGUAUCAGAUGGGUCCCAAGAGAUGAUCCUCUAGCUUCGUUUGACAAUCUAGGCCACGUAGAGUUUGUCAGGAUUAUGCGAGAAGUAGAUUAUACUGGAUGUAGAUCAUACGUUGGAAAAGUAGCUAGUCUUUUAGGUACAAAUCCAUACCAAGCACUUACUCUUACCCCAGGCAACUGUAUGUCGAGAUCUACAGUAGUUCACGAGAUGCUACAUGCUUUGGGUGCGCAGCAUGAACAAAGCCGACCAGACAGAGAUAGUUACUUAAAUGUGCAAUGGCAACAAAUCAAAGUAGACAAACGGAAGAACUUUGAUAUCAAGUCCGUGGCAACAGAUGUUUCAUAUGAUGGUUCAUCAGAUCUACAAUACAGUGUAUACGCUAGUUCGACCAACGGUGGCAAGACUAUACCAUUUAAAGACUACAGAUUAGAAUUUCUUGCGAGUAUUGCUGAUGGUUUGAUGUUCUAUGAUGUACUAGAAGUUGACAAUGCUUAUGGAUGUUCUGCUCAAUGUACCGAUCUUGGAUGUCAGAAUGGAGGGUUUAUGAAUUGGGAGUGCAAGUGUUAUUGCCCUGACGUGUUAGGCGGUGACACAUGUGAAGUACCAAUAUCAACUGGAAGCUGUGGUGGAGUGGUAAAUGUAGGUCCAGGAGAGGAAAUAUAUAUCAACUCGCCUAACUAUCCAAACAACUAUGAUGAAGGUUUAGUAUGUACCUGGCUUAUACAGGGUGUGGAAAAUAAUAUUUUACGUGGGACAAUUGAAGAUAUGGAUAUCAGCAAUAAUGGAGAGACGUGCCUUCAUUGGUUACAGUUUAGAUACAAUUUACUAGGACAAACGGGACCUAAGAGGUGUGGUACCACCACGAAUGAAGAAUGGAAUGCUACGCCAGAUGAAUUUCCGAACAAAAUGAUUAUCCAGUUCGACAGUCAUAUCGAUGAACAAACAUCAAGAGGAUUUCGAAUGAAGUUUAAAUCUAUCGGAACAGGUUGUAUAAACUAUCCAUGUAAAUUUGGAUCAUGUGACAGUCCUCUGAAUACAGACACCUACACAUGCACAUGCAACGAAGGAUUUACAGGAACAAAUUGUGAAGUUUUAACAGAAACUGCAUCCCUGGGAUGUACGGCCGAGAUUGGAGAGUAUUGUAUGCUGGUUCAGGACGAAACCAAUGACAACUUUGAUUGGACUACCUAUACGAGUGAUACACCAACGACAUAUAGUGGCCCGGAUAAUGCUGUUGAAGGAUAUGUUUACUUGUAUACUGAGGCAUCAUCACCAAGACUAGUCGGAGAAAAAGCUGUUAUGUUCACAAACAUAUCAUUGCCUAGUAUAAAGAGAUGUUUCCAUUUCUCGUAUCAUAUGUACGGGUCACAAAUGGGCACCUUAAACGUAUACUUCGAAGAUGGACAAGGAACUAGAUCGACAGUAUUUACGAAAACAGGAAAUCAAGGAAACGAAUGGUUCUCAGAAAGUAUGGUCAGCCCUGCAACAGAUGGUCUUAAGGUAAUAUUUGAAGGUGUAAUGGGAACAGGGAGUAGGUCUGACAUGGCAUUAGAUGAUGUAUGGCUAAAACCAUGGACUGUUUGUGGAUGUACAGACAGUGACAACACAUGUGCAUUUGGAACGUGUGUCAGUGAAUUCAACAGUAACACAUAUACAUGCGCAUGUGAUCAAGGAUUUACUGGAACCAAUUGUGAUAUACUAACAGAAUAUGGAACAAUCGGCUGUGAUGGGGAAGCUAAUGAGUAUUGUGUGUUAGAACAGGAUACACUGACUGAUGACUUUGAUUGGAUAUUUACAAACGACAGAACACCUUCUACUGGCACCGGCCCUGAGGAGGCAAAGGUUGGAAAAGUAUUCAUGUUUAUUGAAGCAUCAGAUCAGGGUGAUGAUCAGACGGCUGUAAUGGUCACUAAAAUGUCUUUACCAAGGGUAGAUAGAUGUCUACGUUUUUGGUAUCAUAUGUACGGACAAACUAUGGGUACCUUAAAUGUAUACACAGAAAAUGAUCAGGGUACAUCGUCACGAACUCAGAUCUUUACAAUGUCGGGUGAUCAAGGAAACCAAUGGAAUGAAACAGCCGUCUUUAUUCCAGCAAUGGAUGGAUUGAAGGUAAUUUUUGAAGCAAUUCGUGGCAGCAGCUAUGCAUCAGAUAUUUCCUUAGACGACAUAAAGUUAAUACCUGGCACAUGUGAGAAUCCCCUUACAGAACCGGAUACAACAACUACGACAACGACCACCCCUACACCGACGACCACCACUACGCCCACAACAACAACUACGCCGACAACAACAACUACUCCGACGACAACCACGACACCGACAACAACUACCACACCAACAACAACCACUACGCCGACGACAACCACUACACCGACGACGACCACGACACCGACGACAACCACUACGCCGACAACGACAACUACACCGACGACCACAACAACGACACCAACGACAACCACUACACCCACGACGACAACUACUUCAACUAUUACAGGUCCUGAUUCCUUAUGCAGAUGUUCUUUCGAAGCUGACGAGACUGACUGUUGUUUAUAUGAUGUCAUUGACGAUCAAAUGAACUUUACAAUUAACUCCGGAUCUACUUCGUCUGUUAAUACUGGACCAAAUUCAGCAUUUGAAGGAUCCAACUAUGCUUAUAUAGAGGUGUCAGGACAAUCAAAUGAAGAUACAGCAAGUUUGGUAUCAGAUAUUUCGUUUGAAGGUCCCGCAUAUUGUUUUUCGUUUGCCUAUCACAUGUAUGGUAAAGAAGGAUAUAUGGGAGACUUGAUUGUUGGGACAGGAACCAGUAGUACUGGUAGUGUCAUAGAUCAUGUGUUGUUUUCUAAGACUGGCAACAAAGGAAAUGUAUGGUAUACAGCUGCUAUAGACUUCUCUGGCAGUACAGGACGAAAGCUCAUCAUAAGUGCUUCAAAGGGAUUUACUCUUCACGGUGAUAUAGCUAUUGAUGAUAUUACUGUUCAUCAAGGGACAUGCAGUAGCAAUGUAGAUCCGUGUUACAGUCAGCCUUGUAACAUGGGUGGCAUUUGCUCAAGUACUGGUGGUACAUUUUCAUGUGACUGUAACCAGGGUUUUCUAGAGAAUGACUGUUCUGUUAUAGAUAAGUCUAACAGUGACAACUUUCUAUGUGACUUUGAGGCAGAUACAAAUUGCAUUUUCAAUAACGUGGAAGGGGAUGAUCUUGAUUGGCGUCCAAUCGAAGGACCUACACCAAGUACUGACACAGGGCCAACUGUCGCUGCCUCUGGGACGAUGUACACUUAUCUUGAAGCCUCUUUACCUAGUUCUAAAGAUGACGUAGCAGUCAUGGACACAACUAAAUAUAAACUUCCAAGUGGCGCUUUCUGUUUGUCAAUUUCCAUUCACAUGUUGGGGAGUCCUGGCAGCCUUGUUGUAUCAGCUGGUGAAAGAAAUGGCAAUAAGAAUUCAAUUCUGACUCGAAAUGGUGACCAAGGUGAUAUGUGGCAACAGUCACAGACAACAAUAACCCCAUAUGACGAUCUCGUGAUUUCAAUUAGAGGUGUUAGAGGAACAAGCUGGCAGGGGGAUAUAGCUGUGGAUAAUAUUUUACUGACGAGAGGGCCUUGUUCAAACAUAGAUCCCUGUGGACAAUCACCCUGUGUAAAUGGCGGACAGUGUUUCCCAAACUACAGUGUUGGUACAUUUACAUGUUCAUGUAUCUCUGGAUGGGUAGGGGAAACAUGCCAACUACAAGACGUUACGAUGGCUGAUACCUUAACAUGUGAAUUUACACCAGGCGAAAAUGAUUGUGUUUUUACUAAUACACCAUCUGGAGAUAAUUUUAACUGGACACUAACAAAUGUCAAAACUCCUAGCUCUAGUACAGGCCCUGAUGUUGCAUAUUCAGGAGAAUACUACGCUUUCACUGAAGCAUCAUCACCCAGGCAGCCGAAUCAUGUGGCAACUUUUACUUCCUCUACAUUCAAACUGCCAGAUUCCCCAUUCUGUAUGCAAUAUCACUAUCAUAUGUAUAGUGAUCCUGGUUCCCUGGUCAUCACUGCAGGUGAAAGAGGAAACAGUGAAAAUGAAAUUGAAAUUUGGACAGGAAACCAGGGGGAGCAGUGGCACUCGAGCAUUGUUCCGAUACCGCAAUUUUCAGAUGCAGUUAUCUCAAUACAAGGUAUAAGAGGACCUACCAGUAAAGGAGACAUUGGGCUGGACUUGAUCACUCUACAGAAGGGACUUUGUUCAUCUCCAUGUGGCAGCUUUCCUUGUCAAAAUGGUGGUAUAUGUACAGGGAACCAGGACGGCACUUAUCAAUGUAGUUGUAAAUCAGCAUUUACUGGUUCUGAAUGUCAGUUUACAGACAAAAGAUUAGAGACAUCUAUGGCAUGUGAUUUCGAGGACAAUGAAGUUGGUUGUAUAUUUGAAAAUUCAUUAUCUUACGAUGUUUUUGAUUGGAGAAGACGAACAGGUACGACUUCAAGUGUUAAUACGGGACCAAUUAAUGGGGCCGAAUCUGGAUCCUACUACAUGUAUACAGAGGCAUCAUCUCCUCGGAAUGAAGGUGAUUUUGCAGUUAUGGAUACUAUCAAAUAUAGACUAAAAGAUUCUGCAUAUUGUCUUUCGUUGUCUAUCAAUAUGAGGGGACAACCUGGAGAAUUAGUCAUUUCAGCUGAAGAACGUAUUGGUAGCUGGUAUGGUGAGGCGUCAUAUCUGGGAUAUCAAGGAGAUGAUUGGUUUAACGCCAAUAUCAAUAUACCGCAGAUUUCGGACCCAGUAAUUUCAAUAAUAGGAUAUAUAGGCAGCACUUCUAAAGGAGACAUAGCAAUUGAUCAUAUGGUACUGACAGAAGGACAAUGUUAAUUAUAUAUAAGAAGAAAAC